CACCGCGCGAACGAAUCUCUUCCUCCUCCCUCCGGCGUCCGAGUCUAAUAGGCGGCUACAGAUCAUCCGGUCCACACGGACGCGCGCCUCCGGCGUGGCCACCGAUGGCCGGCACCACCGUGUGCUCCAUGUGCGGCGACGUCGGCUUCCCCGACAAGCUCUUCCGCUGCGCGCGCUGCCGCCGCCGCUUCCAGCACUCCUACUGCACCAACUACUACGGCGACGCGGCUCCGGCGGAGGCGGGCGCGGGCGUCUGCGACUGGUGCCUCAGCGACGACGUCGGCAGCGGGAAGAAGCGGCCGUACAUCUCAUCGGCGUCGUCCGGGUGCAGCAAGCAGCAGCAGGCGGCGCAAGGCAGGGGCGAGCAGCAGCCGCCGUUCCCGCCCACUGGAUGCGGCAAGGGCGCCGGCAAGGUCGUCAUCGGCGGCGAGCACGAGGGCGGCCGGCGAGCCCGCAGGUACAAGCUCCUCAAGGACGUGCUGUGCUAGCGAGCUGGCCGGCUACCUAGCAUCCCGGCGUAUUAGCUCGAUCGUUGCACUGCGAAACAAUGCUCGCUAAUUAGACAGGUAAAACUAGAUUAGCUCGCUAGACGGUUCGAUCCUUUUUACCAUCCUUGUACGAGUGCUUGUGCCUUAUGAGGGACUGGUUGUGCAUGUGUAUAAGCUAGCUGCUGCCUAUGUCGAGACUCCUCUUCAUCA